AUGGACAGCACAUUCGACUACAACCAAAUAGACGUGGACGAUUUUGAUGACUUUUACAAUUUCUGUACCCUCAAGGAAAAGGAAAACAAAAAAAAAGGAAAAAAAAUUGGCGAGAAGUUUUUCGAGGGGGAUAUGAAAAAUGGAGAAAAUAGGGCAGGCGAUGGAGACGGGGAAGAAAGCACAGAUAAUUCCUCCGUGGACACCACAACCAUGUACAAGGAAGGAAGUAAGAAAAGUAGGCCCAAUGGAAAGAAUAGCAAAUUAGUACAACGGGCUCGCAACACUUCGCAUGAGAAGAGGCUGGAUGAUGUGCACACAGGGGAAGAGGAUCAUCUGGUGCAGAAAAGAGCGCAGGGGUUGGAACACAGAUAUGCAUAUGUAGAGGACGGUUAUCACGAUGCCGGUGGUGAGAUUGAACUUCCUGACGAUAGUUUGGAAGAGGAAGGCAUUGUUAAUUAUGACAAGGGUGAGCGGUGGAAUAGUAUGGAAUACGAAAGGAAGAAAAAGAAAAACCAACAGAGGGAUGGAAAGGGUAUGGGUUUUAAUAAUACACACAGUAGCAAUAACGAUCAUGUACACUCUCCACAAGAGAGAAACACGUGUGGGGAUCGCACAGCGAACAUGUAUGGUAUUAUGUCUAAGGAGGACUACGAAGAGGAUAAGGAAAAAUUGUACGAAGAUUACAAUACGAGGAGGAAGUACCGAAGGGAUUGCAGCCAGUAUUCAAACAGCAACUGCGACAGUUAUAGCUACAGUGUUGACAUGACUUGCGUGAGUAAGGGAAAUAAAGAAGAGCCAAAAUAUUUUAGAUGUCGCUACUGUGAAAUGGAUUCUGUGGAUAGUGUGGUUCAGUGUAACACGUGCGGUCGAUGGUUCUGUAAUGGUUCUUAUGGGACGUGUGGUAGCCACAUCGUCACGCACCUGGUGAGGUCCAAGCAUAAGGAAAUUAAACUACAUAAGAAGAGCUUGCUGGGGGAAACCAUAUUGGAGUGUUACAACUGUGGGUGCAAAAAUGUGUUUUUGCUCGGUUUCCUACCCACGCCAGAGGAGGGAGUCGUUGUCAUUAUAUGCAGGGACCCUUGCUUAGCCAAGUGCAUUUCGCUGAGCGGAAAGAGCCACGGGAGGGGUGAAACGGAACAAGAGGAGAUGAAGCAAAAGGGGGGGAAUGCAAUUGGGGGGGACGCUACCGCAGGGCAGCAAACAGAGGGCAAGGGCAACUCCGCUGAACUGAAGGACCCCCCGGAGAGAGAAUCUAAGAAGGAAAAAGGAAAAACUUUCCCGUAUGAAAAUUUCCACGAGAAAGAGGAGCCAUUUGGCACAGAUGAAGAUGACGUUGUGAGUACCAAGGAAGACACAGACAUGGUGAAGAACAAGGGCUAUUUAAGCAGCGACGAUUUUGGCUACAUGAGUGAGCAGGAAAAGAGCAGCGACGGUGAAGCAAGGUCCUCUCUAGGGGUGCUUUCCGGGAAGAAGAAGAAGAAGAAUACGAAUCAAAGCGGAAAGGAAAAAAAAACAGAGCAGGAGGCGAACCAGAAGGAGGAAUCCGAGGGUGGAAGUAGCUGUUGUGCAAGUGUAGGAAAUAAUUUAAAGGAGCUUAUAAAGAUGAAGGACUGGGACUUGAACAAAUGGCAACCAGUGAUUGAAGACAGAUGUUUACUUGAAUGGUUAGUAAAUAUUCCAACCGCGGAAGAAGCAGAAAGGAAGGGCAAGAGAACUACAUCUUAUAAUGUAAACAAGUUAGAAGAGUUGUGGAAGAAUAAAAAGGAUGUGUAUAUAGAUGAGCUAGAUGCAGAAAUACUAAAUGAUGAACCCGUUAAGGUGGAGCUAAGGUAUAAAGACGCGUAUCAUUACCAGUCCAUCUUUGCACCUUUAAUACAGGUAGAGGCGGACUAUGACAAAUCGAUAAAGGAGGGUCAGAAGCAAGCAAAUGUAACAGUGCGCUGGGAUAUAGGAUUGAAUAAGAAAAGGUAUGCCCAUUUCAUUUACGUGAAGGAAGAAAGUGAAUUGAGGUUAGUAGCAGGAGAUGAAUUAAAAUUAUCUUAUACAUAUGCAGAUGGAAGUGUGUGGAGUUGUGAAGGCCAUAUUUCUAGGAUCCAUAACACGGAGGAAAUAGCCUUAGAAUUAAGAACCUCUGCUACGGCUAAUGGGCCAUGGGUGGAUAACAUAACAACUGGGUAUACAGUUGAGUUCGUAUGGAAAAGCACCGCAUAUGAUCGGAUGCAGUUAGCGUUGAAUGAAUUUGCUCAAGACUCCUACUCACUGAGUGGGUACUUGUACCAUAAGUUACUAGGUCAUGAGGUUUCAGAGGAAUCACUAAAUUAUUAUAAAACUGCAUUAACCAAUCAGGUAUAUGGGAAGAGAACUCCACGUAUAGUAAAUUAUUCUGCCCCAAAUUUAGCUGCACUAAAUCACUCACAAAUAGAUGCUAUAAAGAAAAGCUUAGUUUCACCCUUGUCCUUAAUUCAAGGACCACCAGGGACAGGCAAGACUUUAACCUGUGCUACUCUGGUCUACCAUUUGUCUAAUACAAAAAUGGGAAAAGUAUUAGUCACUGCCCCUAGUAACGUGGCUGUGGAUCAGCUGUCUGUAAGAAUACACAAGACUGGACUAAAGGUGGUACGCUUGUGUGCUAAGAGUAGAGAGUACGUUCCGAGCAUUGCAGAUUAUUUGUAUCUUCAUAAUCAAAUGAAAUUAUUAAAAUCAGAUGUUGGGGAAGAGCUGAAUAAGUUACUUGAACUGAAGGAGGAAGUUGGUGAGUUAUCACAAAAGGAUGAAAGGAGAUUAAAAAAGUUAAUUUUUUUCGCAGAGUAUAAGAUAUUGUUGGAGGCAGAUGUGAUAUGUACUACUUGUGUGGGUGCCAUGGAUAAACGAUUGAAACGUUUUCGAUUUAGCCAAGUGCUAGUUGAUGAAGCGACCCAGUCAACAGAACCGGAGUGCUUAGUACCUCUUGUGACGGGAGCCAAACAGAUUGUAUUGGUUGGAGAUCACUGUCAGUUGGGACCCAUAAUAGUUUGUAAGAAGGCAGCCAAUGCAGGGUUGGGAAAGAGUCUAUUCGAACGAUUAGUUAUGUUAGGUAUUACACCGUUUAGGUUAGAAGUCCAGUACCGUAUGCACCCAGCAUUAAGUGAGUUCCCAUCAUAUGUCUUCUAUGAUGGUUGUCUGCAAAACGGAAUCACAUUAAAGGAAAGAGAAUAUCCCCUGAAGGACUUCCCAUGGCCUAAUCCCAAAUGCCCCAUGUUUUUUUAUAACUCUACUGGGCUGGAAGAAAUGUCUGCAUCCGGGACGAGCUACUUAAACAGAGCAGAGGCGUCUAACAUGGAGAAGCUAGUGAAGACACUCAUCAAUUGUGGUUUGAAACCAACUCAGAUAGGAGUCAUAACACCAUACGAGGGGCAAAGAGCUUACAUAACAUCCCUCUUCCAGAAAAGCAUUUCUUAUCAACACUCAACUGAGAUAGAAGUGGCAUCUGUAGAUGCAUUUCAGGGAAGGGAAAAGGACUUCAUCCUUCUUUCUUGUGUGCGAUCGAAUAAGAAAUUAGGAAUUGGUUUUUUAAAUGACCCAAGGAGAUUAAACGUAGCAUUGACGAGGGCCAAGUAUGGGUUGAUCAUAUGUGGUAAUGCUAAGGUACUUUCCAGACAUCACGUAAUGAUGAAAAAAACUCAUAACUCGAAUGAGACCAUUACAAAUGUAAACUCCGUGUGGAUUAACCUCCUUAGUCAAUUUAAGAAGAAGGACCUCAUUGUCGAGGGGUGUUUGUCCAAUUUGAAACCAAUGAAUAUACAUAUACCGACCCCGACCAAGCAGCCGUCGAGGUACAUCAACUUUAGUUACUUCUUGCCUAGCGAAAGGCCAUUCCGGGGGGGCGUAUUCUCAGACCGGAGUAGGAGUAGGAGUAGAAGCGGUGGAAGUGAUAGAAGUGAAAGAAGCGAUGGAAGCCACCCUAUUAGUGACGACUGCAGAACCCAAAGCAGCAGCUCCUUUAUGCACAUGAAUAUGUCAAAUACGAGCUACUGCAGUGACGUGGUCAUGAACAAGGACUUCCUGAGUUACAUGCAUCAAAGGCAACGUGGCGGAGGGAAGCAGGUAGGAAAGUCCUACAUGAGCAAUAUGAGUCAGAGUUCCCAGAUGAAUGACUAUCCUGUUGUUAAUAAAAAUUGCCCAAGUGAUAUUUUUCCCCAUUAUGAGCCCGCCUCUUCUUCCCCUUCAAUUAGCACGAAUAAAUAUGCGAACCCAAAUUUGAUGAGCUACGCUAAUAGCAAUAUGGGUGAGGAUCGGAACCAUGUGUCCAACCAUUUUGUGGAUUCAGGCUUUAGAGAAAAUUUCGGUGGGGGCUUUACGAGGAACGCUGAGAUGUAUCAUUACCCUUUUUACUAUGGCAAUAACAGGGACACCUCCAGUCAGUACAACGGGCACGGCUCGCGCGCAUCACACGGGUCAUACUCAUCACACGCGUCACACAAUGGGAAAAGCGCGCAUGGGUCGUAUAAUCAGCGUAAGCCGCGCAAUACUGGUGGCCACCACCGGGACAUCAAACAGAGCCUAGCCAAUACAGCAGAACGAAGUAGAUAUAGAAGUAGAAAUGGAUAA